AUGUCGCUUGCAACAUGGCAGGAUAAAGUAGGGCCUCUUUCUCAGCUAUUAGAUAGUAAAACAACAGCUUUUUAUUUUGUAUUUUUUCCUUGUUUCUUGAUUUCCUCUACAGCUCACAUAGCAUUGGUAGAGAGACUUCUCAACAGCCAACUGACUCAUAACCAGUCCCAUCAAAAUGGUCUCGAUCUUGAAUCUGAGGUUGAUGCUGCAGCUACCAUGAUGAUGUUCAGAACUCCUCCAGACAGGAGACUUGCUGAACAUGACAGACUAAAGAGGGAGUCCUAUCCAGGGGGAGGACCGAUGGCAAAUCAGAACCUCUUUAUCAUGGGCGGACUAGCUCCGAUGCAAGCCAGACCAGAGCAGCCUCACUGGAGACCUACACUUAACGACCUCGCAGAGACGGCACUCAACGAGCUCGGAGACAAUGGAAUGAGUAGAGCGGCAGUGACACCAGAGAACCGAGAGAUGCUGAAGGCCAAGUGUACCCCUUCACCAGACGGUAUGGACCACACCUACAGCCUGAGUUCGUCCAUCAAGAUACAGGCCGAUCAUGGCUACUCCUCGGAUCCCGGUGAUGUCGAGAUGAGCGAUUUCAGCGACGAGAGCUUUGAGGAAGAAUCAGACAUGGAGCAGGAAUCGAGGAGGCUUGGCGAUAGUGGUGUCCACUUCCAUCUUGAGGAAGGCAAACGAGUUGACGAAAAAGGAGCCCCAUUGCCACUCAAGAAGCGUCCUCCCCGGAUGACAGAAGAGGACAAGAAACUCGCGGAUGCCCUCCUGAUCCUGUCUGGUAUCGGUGCAGAGCCGAUGCCCGCCAAGGAAGCAGCUAGUCCCAGCGCAGAAGCAAGUCCAGGUCCAGAGGCUAGUCCAGGUCCAGAUGCCAUGGUGACGGAAGAAGUCCUGGAAUCCUCAAGGUAGUGAAGCCUGAAUUGCACUUUGAUGCGAUGUUAUCAAGACAAUCAAACGACUAUGACAAAGAUGAACAAUAACAUAGUGAUUAUGUUGAGUGGAGAAUGUCGGGAGAAAAACUUUUUAAGCGAUUGGUAUUGGUAAUUUCCAAGGCCAACAUGAUGACUCUUCUUAAUUCUUUUGUGUAUACAUGGAGAGCUAUCACCUGUUCAGCGAAUGAAGAAGUUGCAGAUCCGAGAUGUUUGGAAUAUCUUCUAAGGAUUUGUAUUUUGUCUGUAGGUGUGUAGGAAACUCUUGUUGGAAUGCUCCCCAGGGAGUGGAGGAAGUGCAUACUUUGUGUGCAGGCAAGUCAGAAUCUGAUGAUCGGGAUAAUAAUAAAUAUGUAAAGCGCUUAAGAGACAUUGUGUCAGUGUUAAAGUGCUAUGUAAAAGCAUAAUAUUUUUAUUACAAUGCUUGGUAUUUAAGCGGUGGAGAGACAUUCAUAGGAAGGCGUGAACCGUUUUUUGUUGUUGUGGAAAAAUUCAUCAGUGGUGUGCGGCUUUCUGGCAAAAAAAAGAUAAAUACCAUUGGAAGGAAGCAGAUGGGUUUGAUUUUCCUUGUACUUUGUUGUGAUGAAUUUUGAAAAAGAUUGUUUUCGGUACAACUCAAGAACAAAGAAUAACACAUCUCAAAUGAGAAAUUUUUACCUGAGACUGUAGAGCACGUUGAAAGAGCUUUUUAUGUGCAAUCAAGUUGUAUAGUUUACUUUCAUUUUUGUUUGCAAAUGAAACCAUUUUUUGUGCCCAUUGCGUAUAGAGGAUGAAAAGGUGGGUUUCAUGAGAAGCCUCUUGUCAGUGAAUUUCACUAACAAAUUUGCUCUGAGCCAAUGUAAAGCAAGUAUUUCUGUAGCUUAUAAACAUUAGUUAAAUUGACUAUUUGUUUUAUGAAAUCCUCCAGAGACAAGAUUGAGCUUGCUGUUAUAAUGACAAAUUCUCUUUCUUAGAUAUUCCUAAAAGAUAGGAAGAAAGUUGGAGAAAAAGAGGUAUUUACAAAUUCCCACUGAGGUAAUUUUUUUUAAAGAUGUAGUUGAAGAAGAAUGCUAUGCCAUUUUGUUACACUUUGAUUAGUUUAGCCCCUGCAUAAAAAUUUCAAGACAAAUUAUUACAAGAAUGCUAAUAGAUAACUAGUUUAUCAAGCAAAUUCGUAAUAUACACUUUAAGUGAAAACUGAAUUUACUUUUUUUUAUUUGGUAUUCCAACAAGGAAGAGAAACUUCAAUAAAGGAUUUUUGUCUCCCUCUUGACAACUUAUAACAAACUGUUCAUGGUUUAAUAAGAGAAAACAUACUUUCAUUAAAUUUGAAAGACAUCAAUCAGUUCCAUUUUCUUAAGUUUAAUAUAAAUCAACAGCUUAAGUUUCAGAAAGCUAAUUGUUACAUGGUAUAUGAAAGGUUGGAUAUAUAUUUUUUUUCUGCUGCAAAGUUCAUGGUUUUGAGCAAGGUGUAUAUACAUAGAAACAUUUGCCGUAGAAAGGACUUCAUAUAUAGACUGUAGAUGUAGGUAGUUUAGUCAUAUCUCAAUAAUAGUACAUACAUUGUUUUUAUUUCUUAUUUCUCACAUAAGUUUGUUCGAAAAAGUUGUGAGCAUUGGACAAGUGCUUCCAUCUUGUAAAUACCAGCGUUUGCUUUGAAAGCAUAGAUGAGGGAUUUGUGUGUAAAUAUGUUGUAAAAAAUAUACAAUUAUGUCGUUAAGUCUGAAAGAUUUUAGUACUUUGUUGAAGGGGAAAAAGAAAGCUGUAGGAGGAGAAGGGUUAAUGGUCAUGCAUUAGAUGCUCUUGUUAGGUCAAAGGUCAUAUGUCAGAUGCCGCAAAUGCUGCACACUAUUCGAUGAUAAUAGAUAAAUGAAAGACUUAAAUUUGCCAAGUUCUUGUUUCUACAUACAUUUAAUUUCAUAUGAAUUGAUUAAGGUGAUUAGGAGUGUUUUUUAAAAUACUUAAUAAGGCAUUUGCUGUUAGGAAUGUAUUUUUCUUAAAACAAUGUUAAUUUAAACACAUUUGAAAACAACUCAGCUGGAUUGAUUAAUAACAGGUCUUUUAAUGUUAUGAGAUACACUACUUUUUGAAAGUAACAAACAAAUGGUAGUGCUGAAAAUCAUUGCCAAUAUUAUCACUAUUUUAAUUAGAUCAAAAUGAAAUUUUAUCUCUUUUCAGGAGGUCUCAAUUUCUGUUGAGUCUUGGUCCACAACGGUACAGAAACCAAAGAGAAAUGUCAUGCUAGUAAUCUUAUCAGAAAUGAUUUACUUGUGGAAAUACAACUGAUGUGAUAUGGUUAUUAUAGGUGAUAAUUGUCAUCAUGCCCCCAAAAGGGAACAAAUAUGUUUUGUUGUAGUCAUCAGUAUCAUUUUCAAUGCAACAUAAAAUGCAGCUCGAUGAAAAAUAUUUUAAGUGCAAAUAGUGUGAACAAGUAGAUAUAAGUUUUCCAAUUUUUUUGAACAAUUGCUGAAAUGUGGAGCUUUAGAACAACCAACACGUGCGGUGCUAGUCGUGAGAUACUUCCCAAUGUAGGAUUAAUGUAGUGUUUUUUGUUAUUUCAUUUUUUUUAAAGAGUAAUACUUGAUGGGAAUGGUGCAUUUCUUGGUUUUCCUAGAUUAAAAAUGGUGCUGGGUUUUGAAUAUCAAGCAGUUUAAUAAACAUCAGGUGAACAUUUUAGUGCUGAUUUGACAUUUACAGUAAAACAAAUUCUUUGCCGUUUAGUGGGUGAUUUCUUUUUUUGUAAGAUUUUAUUGCAGUUGUUAUUGUAAGAUAAGAGCAUGGAUGUCCUUAUGAAUAAAAAAAAUUGCAAGAUUUUUGUGACAGUACUAAAACUGGAAGGAUGAUCAGCUUAUGUAGUGGCUCACUAUAUGACAUUAAUCCAAAGUUUUGAAUCCUUUUCAUAUUUUGUGACAUUUUUUUCCCCAGGUCUUGUUUUGAUAAUCAUGGUCGUAUACACUCAAAGUUUAUUGGCAACAUUAUCAUUGAGAAACGAUAAUGUACUAAUCGUCUUUACAUUUCCAUCAUAUUGGAAUAUUCUACGACGUUUAGCUAAUAAUAGAACGAAUCCGUAGUUUGGUUUUGAAACGGUGCAUAAACGAAACUAGGCAUUAUUAUGCUUUACAAUUUUCAGCGAACACAUUACUGUAUUUAUGAAUCGUUCGAGUAUGUUCACCGUGCUACUAAUGUACAUGUACUGUUUGUUGAUAUGUACAUAGAGUCUUCCCUACCGCCAGUAUUCAGAACUGAAAUUUGUUUUCUUUUGUACAAAUGAAGCAAAGUUAAACAAAAUUAUGAACAAAUAAUCCGAAAAGAUCUUAGCCCUGAGCUGAAAUUGAGAUAUAUAUAUAUCUCAUCAAAAGAAACUAAAUCUAAUUAUUUUAAUUAUUUGGAAAAACCCAGGUUGCUUUGUUAAGCAUUUUUAUUUGCGCUGUGCUUCCAUAUUAGUUUACAUUUUUUAAGUUACAUUAUGAAAUGUAAUUACUUCUAUGUCAUUGGUAUUUAUGAAUGUAUUGAGGCACUGUUAUUUUAAUGCACUAGCCAACAUUGAACAAAUCUUAAAUCAGAAGUGAACAAUUUUAUUAUAUUAAUCUGAUUUUCUUUUUUUCUGUAAGGUUAAUCUGUAACCAGAGGGGGGGGGGGGGGAAUUGAAGGGAAAUUCAAACAAAAAUGAAAUUCUUAAAUUUUGUUAUUUUGUAUCGGUAAAUAAUAUUUUUACCAUUUUAUAGUCGGUCUGCAUAUUAGAAUUAUUCAAGGGAGAGUCUUUUUAGCCAAACAGUGAUGCCACAUGAUCAAAAUGGAAUGAAGAGUGAAAGUGAUUUUAUUUGCCAAAAUAUUAGUUUAAAAAAUAUAACUAAAUUAGACUUAUAUUUUUUGCUUAAACUAUGUUAUUGUACAGUAGCAAUUUCAUUUUACUUUUUGUGCAUUCAUUAUUCAACAUUAUUCGUUCAUUGCUUUCAAUUAUCUCUCUCUCACGUCGUGCAAUAUUAGUAGUAUUAUGUUUACUAACUCAAUACGUUCUUGCAUACGUGUAUUUUUUUAAAAGUAAUGGUAGUAGUAGAUCAAACUCAUCUUGCACAAAUCAUAGUGAUUGUUGGCAAUUUUUUGGGUUUUCCUUUUUAUUUUGGAAGAGAAUGUUUUCUCCUUGUAGGUAGUUUUUAAAGUUUGGGAAUCAUUAUCAAUACUAGCUCUACAAUCUCUAUUUUUGUUGUAAUUAUAAGUUUUAUGUAUUUUUUAUUGUCUUUGGAACUGUACCUGAUGAUUUCAUUUGGAAAUCAAAUCCAUAAAAGCCUGAGGAGAAUACAAAACCAUUAAUCGUCAUUUGUACAUCUUUUAUCAUGUUUUAAAGGAAUAGUUCAUCUUAGAACUUCCCCAUAUUAAAUUUUAUUAUUAUGUAAUCUUGUAUGACUCAGAUGUUAUUUACAUCUGGAACUGCCCAUUAUCAUCAUCAUCACCUAAAAGGCCUAGCUCGGUCUGGAACCAGAGAUUGCACUAGAUUUAUUAUUGGAAUUCCUUCCAUCAUAAAGAGAUUGAAGAAAAUAUCAUGAUGAUAUUGACGAUUUUUGUAAUUUUGAACUAAUCAAAGCUUUUAAUUCAUGCCAUUGUUUCAAAAAUCAUAUUCAUUGGGGUAGUAGAUAUGUGGGAUCAUAUAUUUAUGAGACAAUUUUGUCACAAUCUGCAUUCAAUUCUUUUAUGUUCUUUAAUCAGGGUUGUGUUCAAUUUUUAUUUAUAUUAUGAGUAACUUGCCACAAUUAUUACUUUUUUUUUCUUUUCUGAAAUUAUGUAGUAUUGCCGAUGGAAAAAGAAUGUUGCAAUCCACGUGUGUUCUGGGUAAUUUCUUUUCUUCACAAUUUGGUUUUGUGUGUGAGUGUGAUUAAAUUAUAUAGAACUUUUAUAUCAGGAAAAGCAAGUUUCAAUUUUAUUGUUUGAUAAUUAUUGUCAUAAUAAAACCAUUUUUGUGAACAAACAUUGCUCUUAAGUUUUGACAAGAUACCAUCAGAAGUUAUCUAAAAUAUGUCCAGGAAAUGAAUUUUCAUGUUUAUAGGCAUGUGUACACAGGGGGGUUUGACUUAUUAUUAUUUUUUAAGAUGUUGAUUAUUUGUUAAUUUUAUGAAACAAAAUCACAGUCCCAAGAUGAAAAUCACUUUAGUUCAGAGCGUUUUGAUUUGCUUUUAAGAAGUACUUUAUGUUUAGGAUGUAAAAUGUAUUAUACCAAGAUUUUAUUUUUCAUCUUUAUCUAGGACUACUGAUUAAAACUGGUAAGAAUAAUGUAUUAUUACUGUUCAAAGUAUUUUCUAUGUGAUGGUUAUGUAAUUUAUCAUACAUGAUUUAAAGAGACGGUUCGAUCAAACUUGUUUGUAGAAUGUAUGUUGUACCUCUUAGAUCCAUGAAUAUUAUUUGGUAUACAUAUAUUUUUUGUAAGUGCAUAGAUUUUUU